GUGUCGUUGUGUGUGAUGAGGGUGUGUGUGUGUUUGUCAUGAGGGUGUGUGUGUGUGAUGAGGGUAUGUGUGUAUUUGAAAAUUCCUAUCGAAGAUGAUGCAAGCUGGAAAGAGAGACGCAACAAGAGGAUGGAGGAACUGAAGAACACACAAUUCUCAGGUCAAGAUGCAGCUUCAGACCCUGGACUACUGCAUAAGGAGCUUGUUGGAGAGAAAACUAUUCUGAUUUCUGAGUUGUAUAAGGCUGUUGAUGAAAAAGGAAAUGUGGAUAACUUUGUUGAUGUGUUGGAGCAAGAAUGCAGACAAAGGAAAUUGAAUUUGUCUGAUAUCUUUGAACAAGUCACUGAAACAGGACAUACAUUGCUCAUGUGGCAGAAGUUAAUGGGAGAGAAAAGAUUGUAGAGUUGAUUUCUUGUCACUUUCCUGAACUUCUUAUUAGGAGAAAUGUAAGAGGUCACUCUCCACUUCAUGUUGCUGUGAGGUCCAAGAACACUACUAUGGUCAACCUCAUUCUUUCCCAAUAUGCAUUAGUGAAGUCAACACAUGAUGAUGUGAUGAAAGAUAAAAAGAUAACAAGAGAGAAGAAUGAACUUGGGGACACUCCUUUGCAUGAGGCUGUCCAAAAUGGAGAUCUUAGUGUGGUUGAAGUCAUUUUACAAAGAGAUAAAGAUAUGGUCCAUGAAUUGAACAAGUCUAGGUGUUCACCACUGUUUUUGGCAGCUGCUAGUGAGAAGGUGGAAAUUCUAAAUCUUCUGUUGCAAAUUCCAUUCCCUGCAGAUCAGAAGCUUCCUCGGUUCUUUGGAAACUCUCCACUCCAUGCAGCCAUACUGAAAUGGAAUCCUGGUGUGUGAUAAACAAAAAGUUGUGCUGUUGGCAGAUAUGGCACACAUCAGUGGACAAACUAUUGCUAGUUGUUCCUGCUGCAGUGGUUUCCAUUGCUGGAAACUAGUGACUGCUCUCUUGAACUAAAAGACUUUUGCACUGCUAAAAGUCGUGAUAAUGGAUUGAAGGAAUGAAAGAACUGUGAUUCAACAUUUUUAUACAAAUACAGCAGGACUCCAUGCAAAUGAGAUUUUGGUGAGAAUGUUUAAUGGGAUUUCCAUGGUUUAUUUUUCCUCUUAGUUUAAAUUGAUUCCUUUUUUGCUUUGAAUAGGUUUUCUAGCGGUUUCCUAUUGCAAGGUGAAGGUCAGGUGCAUUCAACUUCCAAUGAAGAAAUAGUUUGAGGAGGAAGAAGAAAGACUUAGACUACUUAAAUUUGUAACAGUGUUGCUUAGGUUUAAUCAUACUACUGAAUCGGCUGCUUACAACACUUCAGAAAGUGGAAUUUGCUAUACUUUUUUAUGGCUGAAUGCCUACCUAGGAUGCUAAUUCACUCUGAGUUUGAGCAUAUCAGUAGAUUUGUGUUUGCUUGUAAAUAAAAAAUAUAUGUGUUUUGCUCUAUGCCUCUCUAGAAUCAAAUAUACUUCAAGUGAAUGUCUUAUUCAUUAUCAUCA